CGCGUUUAUUGUCAUCUUUGCAGUAAAGCUGCGGUGCAUCAGGAACAGCUGACUAUGAACUGGGCGCUGGGAGGCUCAUGACAAGUAGGUUGAAGUAGGAGGAUGAGGUUGAUAGAUGCUCCAAGCAAGGACAUGGCGGACGUAAGGCUCAACUUUUCAAACAAAGAAAAAAACAAAUUCGCUGUAAUGUUUGUGUGCGUACAGCGUGAAUGGAGAGUAGAUGGUCUUCUGUGUAUACUGAUUACAGAUAGGGAUGGUGUACCUGUUUUGAAAGUUUCAGCAGACUCUGCACCAGAACUUGCAAUGCGACCAAGUUUCUUAUCCACUUUUAGUAUGGCCACCGAGCAAGGAGGAAAACUUGGACUUGGGAAAAAUAAAUCCCUAAUCUGCAUGUACUCCUCAUACCAGGUUGUGCAGAUAAAUAAGUUGCCACUGGUAAUCAGCUUCAUUGCUACAAGCUCAUGCAACACAGGGCAUUUGCUUUCCUUGGAACACUCAAUUGAACCACUAUUGGGAGACCUGAAAUGCGCAGUAGCAGACUGAGUACCAUUCUGGGACUGACUGUGUGAUAAAUGUAUGCAUGUUGCAUGUAUUGUGUACAGCACUUUAUGAUACUGAAAUGUUAUGUUCCUUGUCCUCAAAUUUAUUUACACUGUUUAAAACCAAACUAUGUUUUUAAAAUAAAUAUUUCUCAAUUUUCAUAGUAAA